AAGAAUUUCCGAUGCUCUACGGUCAUGCAGGGAAGUCUCUCUGCGUCAAUUUAGGAUUACGUCAAGCUGGAUAAUGAGUUCUGCAAUAAAAUCCACAAUGAGUAGUUCACAUACUGUGGGGGUAGGAGGAGAUGCAGGCCAACAGCAACAGCAGAGGUUUCUUUUACAACUUGCUGGCCAAGAAGAUGAGGUUGAUCUCGUGUUGCUUGACCAUUGUUAUGCUAAGCCAUGGAGUGCACAUCCAGAUGCCAGCAAUGCAAAACCUCUGAAGAUGCUCUUCAUGACUAAAUUUCAGAGAGGACAAAAUGCAGAACAACAUGUCUCAGGGGAUAUGCAGGUGGAUGUGGUAAACCCUUCUUUCCAAUCAGCUCCUAUCUAUGACCCAGUGAAAGCUAGAUCAGUGAUGAAUGAAUGCGAGAGACAUGUCAAUUUUGCCAGGAUGGAAGAAAAGCCUGGAGAUUGGGAAGAUACUGUAACAAGGACUGGAUGGACCUUACAGCAAAAUAAACUCUUCAAUAAAGUCAUCAAAAUUCUUCAGUCUGACAGACUGUCUAGAUUGGCAUAUGAAGGGCACAACAAUGAACCCAUAAUGAGAAGAUUAAGUGUGGAUAAAACAGCCAAAAGGUUUAGACAAGCCAUGGGUUCAGUAGGAUGGGACACAAAACUAACCCAGUGGUUACAUGGAGUAUUGGUGGAUCACCUUAGUCUGUCAUUCUUGUCAGCUUAUUUAGAUAUUCUUCAGACCUUAAAAUCUAAGAUACCCUCUCUGAUAGAAAAGAUGAUAGCUUUAUCUACAACUGGUGGCAGGGCAAAUGCAACUACAGCUGAAGCACUGAACUUGCUGUUAAAGCGCCCAUGGGAUCCUGUUUCUAGUGUCAUGUCACAACAUAAGCCAAAAAAACUUCCCGGAAACCCACUUCUCCUGAUUGCCCCCAGUGGACCCACACACAUCACUGCAGCCAACUCCAAGCGUAACAAAUUCUGGAACACUCAGAUGUCUAAUCAGGGUAAAGUGAUACCAGUCACCCUUCACACAGUGAAUGGUGGGAGUGGUGUGGGGAUUGCCCAGUGUCUGGAACACAUGAUAGGAGCAGUCAGGACCAAGGUGCUGGAGCUGAAAAGUCACUUUUCUAAUAGACCGAUAGUUUUGCUGGGGUGGAACAUUGGUGCACUUGUUGCAUGUCAUGUAUCCUUGGUCGAGUCUGUAACAGCAGUUGUCUGCCUGGGAUUUCCAUUCAAUGGUAUAAAUGGACCAAGAGGGGAUGUAGAUGAUCCUCUGUUAGACAGCAGGACCCCCACACUGUUUGUGAUAGGGCAACAUUCUACUACAUGUAGCAUUGAUGACAUAGAGGACCUGAGAGAAAAGAUGAAGUCAGAAAACAGUCUGAUUGUUGUAGGGGGAGCUGACGAUCAGUUAAGAGUGUCAAGAACAAAGAAAAAGCAGGAGGGAAUUACACAGAGUGUUGUGGAUAGAUGUAUACAGGAUGAAAUAGCUGACUUCCUGGGUGGUGUCCUAACUCAAUCUGCAGGUUCCAGUGCAGAUGUACCAGAGUUUGUGACUGAAAAUGAUGUUCGCAAAAAGAAGAAAAGAAAAGUCUCACGCGAUCUCUCAUUGGAAAUGCGUAGCGAUACAUCAUCACCUACUCUCCACAGAGUGGGUACACCUUCAACACCAGGAGAGAGUUUGCAAAGCCUCCCAGGUACACCUUUGAGCCCCAAGCCAAAAGCUAGGAGCAGAACUGUCAGCCAUUCCUCUGCAGCAAGCACAGAGCCAAGGAGCCCACUGAAAGUAUCACCUGAGGAUAUGGUGAAAGGUAAAAGAGCAGCUGUGAAACGCAAAAGAAGUAAGAGUCCUGUUAACACAUCAACUCCUGUAGUACCAACAAAAAGAAAAGCUCAGCGGUCCCUCAGUUCAUCUUCUGACUUUUCAACAGCAACAAGUGGUUCCAUUCCUAUGUCACCAGCAAGGGGUUCUGUGGAACUAGCAGGUUUACUCACAGGUCAAAGACCACUGACCACAGAAAAUGCAAACGGACAAGGACAAAAAUUAACCAGUGGUGGUGGAGCUAGCCAAUCAAUUCCAUUGACAGUAAGCACCCAUAUUGCCAAUCAGAGUGGAAUUGGGAAAGCCUUGAGUCCCAUAUCUUUAAGUAGUGCAGUGGGGCUGCACUCAUCUGGUAUACCAUCAUCAUCAUCAUCAUCAUCUUUAUCUUCAGCUUCAACUCUGCCAGACACACUAACUACACUGGCGGCAUAUGCACGUCAGAGGAGCCCAUUGAAGAGUAUAGCUGGGAUACCAUUUCAUAUGACCACUGCAUCUACCACAGUUACACAGAUACAGCAGCUACUUACAUCUGGGACUAAAGUGACUCAGGAGCAGACAGAUGCCUCAGCAUUAAGGACAAUUGCUUCAAUUCCUUCAGUGUCUUCUAAGCUAACUCUGAAUCAGCUGUCAGCAUACUCAAAGCAGAAGUCUUCCUCAAACCUGGCCAGUCCUGAUCAUGAGAAAGUGCAGGCCAUACAGAGAUUACAAUAUCAUGAUUUUCCAUUAACUACAGCAGCUAUAAGCAGUAGCACUGGGACUGUUGCUUUCACCCAGGCUAAGAUUCUCAGCACUCCUAGCAUAGAACUGAAGAAAUUGAACCCAGGAAGUGAGGGAGGAACCACACACCUCUCACUGACCAAGAGUCUAUUAGCCUCUUCAGCAUCGUCCACGUCUAGUACCUUGGUUACACUUUCCGGUGGAUCCAGGCAAGUUGGCAACAGCACGCCAAGCUCUGGAAUAACAACAGUCUCGUCUUUAAGACAGCCGGUUGGAACCAGCCAAAGUGGACUGGCUUCCACAUUUAGCAAAGACAUAUCUAAGCCUGUGACACAUUUGGUCAUUUCAACUGAGACAUUGGGCAAAGUCUCUUCCCUCAUGGAAACCUCAAAGCCUAUCACAAAGGAGGCAGGUCAUGCUGUUACAACUGUCAUCCCAUCUCAACUUCCAGUGUCUGGAUUUCAUAGCAUUGCAUCCACUCUCCAACAAACAUCUACACCCUCACCUAACAGAACUACAUCUCCAGCCAGCACAAAUACUCUUGUGAGAUCAAGUUCUGGCUCAAGCAGUAGUAAACCUUCAAACAAAGCUCCAUCAACAGCUAUCGUGUCAUAUUCCACCACAUCUAAACCUGUGCUUACCAGCAUUGCUGCCACCAGAACAAGAAGGAUUAAGACUCCCAAGCAGUAUGAUCUUUAACGAACUUUGCUACGACUAAUGAUCAGAAUUACGCAAAAUGUGAAUUUGUGUAGAUUUUUGAGUGUGAUGCAUUUACAUUUGACAUGACUGUGAAUUAAAAACAGUUAUUAAUGGUAAACUAGCAGGUCACUGGAACCUUGCAAAUUGUUUACCCUACAGAACUAUAUUGAUACUUGUAUUUCUUUAGAAAGUUGCAGCUUGAUUGCAAACACAAAUACUUGUUGGAAAUAAACUUUUAAAAAUGCAUUUAUACUGUAAAUGA